GUGGCGCGCCGGUCGCGGGAGAGGCUCCGUCGCGACUGCGUCCCCUCGGGUCCUUGAGCCGGUGCUGACCGCGAGCCAUGGCCUUGAGGCUGCUGAGCCUGGUCCCCGUGUCCGCGACCUCUCGGGGCCUCGCGGCGGUCGUCCAGCGCGUGGGAGGAAUUCAUACGAGUGUCCAGUGCAAGCUGCAGUACGGCCCGCUGGCAUACCUGCUUGGUGAAAGAACAACCAGAAAGCUGACAGAAAAGAGCAAAGUAAUAACUGUAGACGGCAACAUAUGUUCGGGGAAAGGCGAGCUUGCGAAGGAGAUAGCAGAGAAGCUAGGCCUGAAGCACUUCCCCGAGGCAGGGAUCCAUUACGCAGCCAGCACCACUGGGGAUGGGAGACCCCUGGAUAUACAUCUCAGCAGCAACUGCAGUUUGGAGAAGUUUUACGAUGACCCGACAAGUAACGACGGCAACAGCUACCGCCUGCAGUCCUGGCUGUACUCCAGUCGCCUCCUGCAGUACGCGGACGCCCUGGAGCACGUGCUGAGCACAGGGCAAGGUGUGGUGUUGGAACGCUCCAUCUACAGUGACUUUGUCUUCUUGGAGGCGAUGUACCGACAGGGCUUCAUCCGGAAGCAGUGUGUGGACCACUACAACGAGGUGAAGAAGGUCACCGUCUGCGAGUACCUGCCCCCUCACGUGGUCGUCUACAUCGACGUGCCCGUCCCCGAGGUCCAGAGCCGGAUCCAGAAGAAGGGAAACCCACAUGAGAUGAAGAUCACCUCCGCCUACCUUCAGGGCAUCGAGAAUGCCUACAAGAGGACCUUCCUUCCUGAGAUGAGUGAAAAAUGUGAGGUUUUACAGUACAGUGCAAGGGAAGCUCAAGACGCAGAAAAGGUGAUCGAGGAUAUUGAGUAUCUGAAGUGCGAGAAAGGCCCGUGGCCGGAGCAGGACGACCGCACUUUCCACAGCCUGAGGAUGCGGGUUCAGAACAAGCUGGAGGUGCUGAACUACACAACCAUCCCUGUGUAUCUCCCGGAGGUCACCGUCGGCGCUCACCAGAGUGACCGGGUCUUCCAUGAGUUCAUGGAGCUUGCCUUUACGUCCUUUCACGUCAGAUUUCACUUCUGGCGUCGCCUUCCUCUUCACGGCGCAUCCUCCGUAAGGAGGGAAGGUGUGUGUUUCUGCAGAGGGUCCUCGGUUGGCCGGGCGCCCUCGGGAGGGCGAGGGGCAGGCGUGAGGCGGGCGCUGGGCGGGCCGAGUGUUCGUUGGUCUCCUUUCUAAUUUCCGCAGCUUUUC